GAGAUCAAUAAGAUUAUUUAAAAGCAAUUGAACCUUGACCAAUAAAUUCGAGGCAUGCUAAUUGAAGAGUACAUGGACUGUCCAAAAUAGGCAAAGGUCACACCGAAGUCCAAGCACCGGCCGCCAUCCAAAUCACAAUAACGGCGUCAGAAAUUCAGAGGGGCAGCAGCGAGCAACCGUUUAUACUUAUUUUAAACCAAAUUUUCAACUACAUCCUUCACAUCACGCAUAAAAGUUCCCUGGUUAUUCUGUUUAAAGUCCGUUAGUUUGUCGCCGCCCUUUUAUCUCAGGUAGGGCAAAUUCCCAAUUCCCUCUCUCUUGUUUCGAAUCUUCACACCGAAACAGUCAUAACUCCCUCUAUUGCCGCCGCCUCAAUGUCUCAGGUUGAUAAUAGAAACUCUUCUGCAGCGAAGCGAGCUAGAACCGAUGGUAGUCGUAGGGAAGAUGAUUGGACAUGCCCUAGUUGCGGGAAUGCCAAUUUUUCAUUUAGAACUACUUGCAAUAUGCGCAAUUGCACUCAACCCAGGCCAGCUGUUCAUAACUCAAAAUCUGCAGGCAAGCCUCUCCAGGUGCCACAGAGUUAUUCGUCGUCUGCUCCAUAUGUAGGUUCUGGAGCACCAUCUUCUAUGUAUCUCAGUGUACCACCUUAUGGUUCUUCCCUCUUCAAUGGUUCCUCUAUUCCUCCAUAUGAAGCACCUUUUUCUGGAGGAUCGGCUUAUCAUUACAAUUAUGGCAGUCGUCUUUCUGGUGGUAGUCCCUUUCGGCCGCUCCAUAUGCCUUCUGGACCACCCCCUUAUUCUAGUGGGCCUAUGAUAGGGAAUGGUGGGAUGUAUGGUGUGCCCCCUUUGAUGGACCGGUAUGGCUUGGGGUUGCCCAUGGCCCCUCCUCCAAUGGGACCAAGGCCAGGAUUUUUUCCGGAUGAUAAAUUACAGAAAAAAGAUACUACUCGUGAUGAUGAUUGGACAUGCCCAAAAUGUGGGAAUAUUAACUUCUCUUUCAGAACUGUCUGUAACAUGCGGAAAUGCAAUACGCCUAAGCCCGGAUCUCAGACUCCAAAAUCUGAUAAAAGUUCAAAACAAAAGAUGCCAGAAGGAAGUUGGAAGUGUGAGAAAUGUAGCAAUAUUAACUAUCCUUUUAGGACGAAGUGCAACAGACAAAAUUGUGGGGCUGAGAAACCAGCUGAAUCAAAGAAGUCACCCUCACCAACAGCGAAUGAAAAUGAUCAGGUUUGUGAUCUGAUGCAGUUUCUUUUUCAUGUAGUUUGUUACCUGAAGUUAUUGUUUUUGCUGCCCACAUUUGUACACAUUACAAAUUCAGUUAGCGUUCUAUACUUCAAACUAUUCCUAGUUAAAGAUUUAUAUGGGUUAUCUGAUUGUGUUUUAAAAUGUCAUUAUUACUAUAUUUUCCUACAUUUCUAUGGUGAAGACACUGUUGAAUUUUACGGUUUUACUGAAGUUUUUAUUUGUCUUUCUUUCCAUUGAUUUGCAAUUGUCUACUGUUCCAGUGAGUACUAGGACAUGUUUGAGGGUUGAGAAGGUCCAGAGUUAUCAUCCAGCAUUGCUCAAUCUGGGUGUCUGAAAGUCAGUCUUGUCGUCCUCAUUUUGCAGCGGUUGUCAAGUUACUCUUCCUUCUCAUUGAUCAGUGUCCAGUUUUUGUAUUAAUGCUAUGGUACUUCUGGUCUUUAUGGAUCGUUGGUGCAUUAUGUGUCAACCAUCUUAAUCCAGAAAAUAUUUACAGGUUGGUUCUGGUUUCGGUGAGGUUGAUUUUGUAAUUUGGAAUCAACUUAGCUAUUCUAGUGAGCAUGUUACUGUGAACUUAGAUAUAUUGCUAGUGGGUAAAGACACUGCAAGUUUCACAUUUCUGGUUUUCAUUCAGUUUCCUUUUUUGUCUGUGUUGGGGUUGUCAUUUUGUCUAGCCAAAGAUUCUAUUAGAAGCAUAAGAAGUUCACAGCUUCUAAUAUUUAAUUAGAUCUAUUGUCAGGUAUUACUGGGGGUAGGAAAUUUAUAACUGUUUUCGUACUCGACUAUAGGAGUUAGCGGCCAAUUUUUGUAUCAUGUGUUUUGCUUAUGGCAUGGUUUAAACACAGGUCCGGUGUUGUGAUUUUUAAAGUUUUUUUUCCUGGAUCUUUCAGAAACAUCAUACCGUUGCACCAUAAUAUGUUAAACUUAGACCCCUGUUUCGCACAUUAUAAUUGUAUUAUCGGUGUUAAGAUACAAUGGUCGACUGAGCUGUGUGCAGUAUGCUUUGGAGGGUGGUUGUAUUUGAUUUGAGAAGUCAGUGGCGUCUUGUCAGUGUUGGAUGUUGCAUCAAUUCCGGUCUUUAUUUUAUCAAGGUUUCUAGAAGCCAUGUAUGUAAUUUUGGUCAUUCGGGAUUGAAGUUGUUGUCAGUAAAGUCUAGUGAGAUGAUGUGAACUGGACUCCUGUGUCUGUCUAGAACUUAGGGAGGUUUUCAAAGAAAGAUAAGACUGGAUAGUGAGCACAACAUCAAGUUACAGUGGCGCGAGGAAAUGAGAGUAUCUGAUCGUGACAUUGAUAUGGUUUUGAUCGAGGACCACCCUUUUGAUAGUUUUUAGCAAGUUAUAUUUAAGUCUCAUGGUCCUAGAAAGAAGCCAUAAAUCCCGAUAGAAGAAUUAUGAAUCCUACAGAAAAGCACCUUGUUCAAUAAUAUCUUUCCUGGUGUAAGUUAUGACACUAAGCUCUUGUAAAGUAAAAUGAUAACUUAGAAA